UCUGCGCGAUUUUUCACACUCGAUUCACUCGCCCGAAUCUUGUGUACGCGUACAUACGCACUCGCUACCUCAAAUAGUGCUCCAUUCGGUUGUGCCUCGCCCGUGGGGAAUGAUAGUGUCGGGUUAGUGGGCAUAUAAACGGAACCACGUAUAAGAAUUUAGUAUCUCCUCUCCUUGACGACGUACGUGCGCGAUUCCGUGACGGUGUACAGCACACCAAGCAGCAACAGCGGCUGGAGAUUAUUUGUUGUUUGUUCGCCCACCAAAUUGUGCGCUUUCGCUGCCCAACAUGAAGCAAAUCCCGCUGACCUGUUCCGGUCAUACGCGACCCGUCGUGCACCUGGAUUUCAGUGGCAUGACCGAGUGCGGAUAUUUUCUCAUCUCAGCAUGCAAAGAUGGUAAACCGAUGCUACGGCUGGGUGACACCGGCGAUUGGGUUGGCACGUUCGAGGGCCACAAGGGUGCCGUGUGGGGUGUGGCCCUUAACGAGUCGGCAACGUUGGCCGCCUCGGGAGCGGCAGAUUUCACCGGUAAAAUCUGGAAUGCCGUAUCCGGCGAGGAAGUGCACAGCCUGCAGCACAAUCACAUCGUCAAAACGGUGGCCUUUAGCCACGACAGCCAGUACCUGGUCACGGGCAGCAACGAGAAGCUGGUACGGGUGUUCGAUCUCAGCUCGGACGGCAAAGCGCUCGAGUCGUAUGCCGGACAUGCCGGUGCGGUCAAGCGGGCACUGUUCUGCCGGAACGAGAAGUGUGUCAUCAGCUGCGCGGACGACAAAUCGAUGCGGCUGUGGGACCGUAGUUCCGGUCAGGAAGUGUCACGGGUUGAGUUCAGCUCCCACCCGAACGGGCUCGAGCUGUCGAAGGAUGGUAGCAUCCUGACGGUGACGUACGGGAACUGUACGGCGUUCUACGAUAUGGAGACGCUUACGCAGCUGAAGGAGAUCACCAUCCCGACGCGGGUCAGCUCGGCCAGUCUGCAUCCGGACAAGCACAUUUUCGUGUGCGGUGGCGAAGACUUUAAAAUGUACAAGUACGAUUACAUUACGGGCAAUGAGAUAGAAUCAUUCAAGGGCCACUUUGGUCCGGUCCAUUCGGUGAGCUUCAGCCCGGAUGGGGAGCUGUAUGCGAGCGGUUCCGAGGACGGCACGUUGCGGUUGUGGCAAACGACCGUCGGCAAAACGUACGGUCUGUGGAAGUGUACGGAACCGACCGAUUUGAACAACAGCACCACGGCUACCACACCGACCAACAACGCCACGACCACCACCGCAAAUUGUCCGGCAACUGUGGCCACUGUUGCUGCUCCGGUCGCUACUACACCCAAUCCCAACCGGGAAGUGACGGCCAACUGAACCGGCGAGUAAGGAAAGGGCACUAUUCUUUCGAAGAACAACAGCAACAACAACAAAACCAUGUGCUUAAAAGGAAAAACUCCCCCAACAAGCAUGCAGCAGACAGGCAAACAUAAAAAAAUGGACGGAAUAUGGCAGGCAGACAGACAGAGGCGGCAGUCAAAGGCAAAGCAAAAGGGGGAAAGAAAAAAACAUUUGCAAAACGAAGUGCGCUCUGUAGUGUCCUGUCCGCCGCAUCUCGUGUGCGUCAUCGUUUGCCUUUGGCGGCAGCAAAUCAAUUCCUUUUACGAACUUGCUUCGACUUGGGUUCGACCGUCGAGGGCCAGCCAGCAACCCAGCCAGCCACCAUUAACUCGUGUUUCACUGCAACGAAGGAUAUCGCCGCAACGAUGGGACGUAUUGGCAGCAGCCGGAAGAUUGGGAAGUAGCGAAAUUGGGGAAAUCCACGACACGCCACGCGAGAAAAGGGAUGCCUUCAUCCAGUAUCUCCAAACCGCAGCUGUGGGGGUGUGCCUUUUUCACCAAUGAAACCGUUAUCCUUUCCUUCCCCGCCUCAAUGUGAGAGGUUCUCUCUCUCUCCCCGGCGAGGUGACACCGAAACGGACGCACGCAUCGCGAUUGAGUUAGUUUGUAUUUUUUUUGUUUCUCUCGACCAUUUUGUUCCCCUUUUUUUUAAUUAACGUCCUCCGAUCGCGAAGUCUUCCUUUUUCUUGCGCACACUCACACAGUGCUUGCGUUGCGUGGCACGCGGGGUUAGGUGUGAUUGUGGUACGAUACAUUACUAGUAAUUUAUAAAGUACCGGAGUGUGUAGGCGGAUAAAAUGCUUUUUUUUAAUUUAUGGCGAAAUAAAGAGAAGAGUUGAAAUCAUCCCUGACGCCACUUUGGCUAUGUGC